AUGUCUCUGGAGGAUGCAUUUGUCUUGAACUCGGAGGACAGCGGGGCUUUGAAUGUUUCCAGAGGGUUUUGGGACUCGGGAGAGCAGCACCAGUACUUCAUCUGGCUCCCGGGUAUCGGGAUCGCUGCUGUCUACGGGAUCAUCAUCGCCGUGGGUCUAGUGGGGAAUGUCACUUUGAUGAAGACGUGUCUCUCUGUGAAGUCCAUGCGCACGGUGCCCAACCUGUUCCUGUCCAGUCUGGCUCUGGGGGACUUGCUGCUCCUGGUGACCUGCGCCCCGGUGGACGCCAGCCGCUACCUGGUGGACGAGUGGCUCUUCGGCCGCGUCGGAUGCAAACUGAUCCCGUUUAUCCAGCUCACCUCGGUGGGGGUCUCCGUGUUCACCCUCACGGCGCUCUCCGCUGACCGGUACAAAGCUAUUGUGAAACCGCUGGACAUCCACAGGUCCAGCGCAAGACUCAGCGUCUGCUUCCGAGCAGGGUCGAUCUGGCUGCUCUCUGUGACUCUGGCGAUUCCUGAGGCCGUCUUCUCGGACCUGCACACCUUCACCACCAGCCACACCAAUGAGACAUUUGUGACCUGUGCCCCCUACCCACACGCCGGGGAGCUGCACCCGAAAAUCCACUCCACUGCCUCCUUCCUGAUCUUCUACAUCAUCCCGCUCUUCAUCAUAUCUGUCUACUACUGCUUCAUCGCUCACAGUCUGGUCAGGAGCUCUGUGGAUAUCCCUGCUGAAGGACACCUGCACCUCCAGAGACAGAUCAAGUCCAGAAAGCGUCUGGCCAAAACUGUGCUGGUGUUUGUUGGCCUGUUUGCUGUCUGCUGGCUGCCCAGUCACGUGAUCUACCUGUACCGCUCCUACCACUACGACCAGGUGGACACCUCAUUGGGCCACUUCAUCGCCAGCGUGUGUGCUCGCAUUUUGGCCUUCACCAACUCUUGUGUGAACCCGUUUGCCCUAUACCUGAUGAGCAAAAGCUUCCGCAAGCACUUCAAAAAACAGCUCCUGUGCUGCACGUCUCCCAGCCGGUUGUACAGUCAGAACAGUGCAAGUACGAAUAUAACCACCGUCUGA